AUGGAAGACUCGAUCUCGGUGCAGGUGCCGAAGAGUAUGCAAAAUGGUUCUAUGGUCGAUUCACCGGCUAAAUCGUUUCUCCUGGCAAAGCUCGUGGAGUUACGCACCUCACGAGAAAGAUUUAUUUUGGAGAGAGACGGAGAGAUCAAGGCAGUUGAGACGACUUUGUCUUUGAUGUAA